CAACUACAAACAUCGUGAUAGACUCGACCAAGUCCACAACACAAGUUCCUAAACUACUGGUAACACUGUUGCACUCUUUUUUUCGAUAUGGAACCGAUACUGUUGAUCGAUGGAACGGAAGAGGGCGAUUUAUCCAACCUCAGGCCUCAGUCAUCCGAAUAUACGUCUGCCGAGCUGCGGGAGCUGGGCUUGCGAUUCUACAAAGAAGUCUGGAAAGAAUUUUACGAAUGGGAACCUAGGGAGUGCCAACAAAUCAUCGACGAUUUCGCUGGCAAAAAACAAGUUCCUGGAGAAAGGGAAAAAUAUGACAAGAUGAUAGAUCAGCUAUUCGACCCGGCCCUUCAGGACUCGGAGAUGCAAAUCGACUUGGAGAACCCAAACCAACCUUCGCUGGUAGUGACCCAGUACGAUGUCGAUGGUCGAGGUAUAUCAUACACAUUAGAGGUGGAGGAGGUCUCCGUCGAUACUACUUUUGAGGCCCAUCCUCCUUACGAGUCUUGUCCACCAAUCAAUCAAAGCAUUCGCUCUGACUCGCGCGAGACAGCUGCCUUCAUUCCGUAUGGCGACGAGGAGGACUUCCCUGUCAUGGAUUAUCUAGACAGCUUUCAGUCCUUCGCGUGGCAAGAAGACUUUGAUCCAGAUUUGGAAAUGAUCCAAAUCGAAACUGUCCGCCGACUAAACAACAUGUACGAUAUCUCAAUAAAGGACAUGGAACGGAUGCACAUUUUUUCGAAACCACUGCGUCAAACGUACAACCUGGGUCUUCUUUGGGAGAUAUCCCAGCGAGAUUUCCUCCGCUGGCCUGGUGGAACCGAGGAUGAUAUUGAGGGGGCUACCGUCGAGCCUGCAGCUGAUGAUCUCAGUAGAAGGUUGUCAUCCGUUCUUGCGACAUUUUGUCCAAAUCUUAAUUGUUUGCGUACUCUGUGCACGACGCAUACACAUCCUCAAUCUGGGUCGUUCGGAGGUGGUAAACCCAAGAUGACCAGUCAAAGCAUGCGACUCAGCGAAGGAGAGCCCUGCGGUGAAGAAUGUUUCCGUCUAGUAGACGAAUCUUACAUGGAUAAAUUCUUCUGGGAGAAUGAAUCCGAUCUAGAGACAUUGAGAACAAUUUUAUCAAUCUCACCCGAUCUAUUCCCCUGCUACCUUGCAGAUCUCUGCUUCAAACCUUGCCGAGAAGUCUUUGUUCAACGAUCUCACAUAUUUCCUGAUAAUAUGGUGUAUGAUGAUGACCCUGCAGAUGAUGAGGAAAUCCACGCACGGAACAACGAAACAGGGAGAAAAGCCCGAAAUCAUCCUCUCGUUUUUGAGGGAAAGAAAGAUCAUGCAGCAUUCGUCUCCCUCGAGCCUUGCAAUCAUAAGGGUCCCUGUGAAAAGGAGCAGUGCGAAUGCUCCCGCCAGAGACGAUACUGCCAACUAGCUUGCCGGUGCGGUAUAGAAUGUAUUCGUCAGUAUCCCGGUUGCAAGUGCAAAUCAUGCCAAUUAAGGUGUCCGUGCUAUCUCAAUGAUCGAGAAUGUAUGCCCGGGAUAUGCGAUGGUUGCGAUGCAAGAGGCUCAACCGACAUGCCGUGUGAUAACACAAAGCUUCAGCGAAAUGAUGUCAAGGCGGUCGAGAUCAGGCGGGCUGAACAUGGCCUGGGAGCUUUCGCGGUGCAAAACCUUAGGACUGGCGAUUUCAUCGGAGACUACGUCGGUAUGCUCUUAACGGGAGGCGACAUCGACGAUCUAGAGCCUGUUACCAAAUACAGCGGUCGUAAUUAUUUUUUCGAGUUCUCAAAAGAGAAUAGGCAGGAGAUGCUUGAUGCUGGCCCAGUCGGAAAUGCGACCCGUUUCCUGAACCAUGCGGCCCCGAAAGAUGCCAACUGUGAAGCACGAGUUCUUCUUGUCAAUGGGGAGCAUCACAUCGGAUUUUACACCACUAAAAAAGUAGCUCGUGGAGAGGAACUUUUCUUGUGGUACGGUGAUAUUUACUGGCCGAAAGAUCUGCAGACCGAGGGAGAUAGUUCAGAAUCAUCAAGUGAUUGAUGCAGUAGGCUGAGCAUUGCUUCUACUGUACGUAGAAAGAAUAUAACCGCCGCAAUGCGGUCAGGAUGUACGAUUACAGACAGGCAUACAUAACCAAGGUCAUGGUGUUAUCAUGGUGGGUUUUUGCGGGGCGAACACGACUUCAAGUGAACGAUGGACUAGUCAGGCUGCACUGCGUUCUGGAGAGAACUGAGGAAGCUUCAGACCUGAUCCGUCCGAACCCCGAUGGGUCGCUCCGCUCCAACGAAC